AUGUCUAAUAUUGAUAAUUUGGUUAAACAAAGAACUAUUCUCAAAAGUAAAUUAACUAGAAUGGUCAAUUGGUUCAGCCAAGAUGAUCUUAAAGAUAGAGAAGAAUAUAGUGCUCGUAAAAGUCAAUUAGAGCAAAUCUUCAAAGAUUAUGAAAAUGUUCAAACUCAGUUGGAGUUAUUUGACUCUGCCUCAUAUGAAGAGGACAGAGAUAUUUUAGAAACUAAGGUUUAUUUAAAGGUUAUAUCUAUGGCAACAAGAACUAUGAAUCAGUUCGAAAACUCACAAAAUCAAAAACCUAAUAAGCCCACAACUCAUUCUAGUAUAAAGUUGCCGGAAAUUUCGAUUCCUAACUUUUCGGGUGAUAUUGAACAAUGGCCGAGUUUCUUUGAACUAUUCAACGCCCUCAUAACAGAUAACGACAAUUUGUCUGACAUCCAACGGUUGAUGUAUUUAAAAUCAGCCUUAUCGAAAAAACCUUUACAACUAAUUGAAAACUUGGAAGUUAUAAGUUUAAAUUAUAACAUUGCGAUUAACACUUUGAAAGACAGAUAUGAUAACCAUAUCUUAUUGUCAACGCUUAUAUUCGAAAACUAUAGACCACGGGCACGUGACGUCACAUGCUAA